AUGAAUAAAACAGAAUUCAUUAUAGUUCCUAAAGUUCAAAAAGUACUUGUCACAAAAGGUUCUUACCAAGUUCACAAAAUAGCAAAUAGUAAUUCCCAUAAACAUAUUUCUGUUGCUCUCACAAUUUUAGCUAGUGGUAAUUAUAUCCCUUCCUUAUUUAGUUAUACAGGCAUUUGUGCAAUUCCUAAUUUGUUAAAUGGUGCUUCAGCUGGUAAGGUUAUGGGAUUUACUGACACAAGAUAUAUGCACAAAAGUCUUUUUCAGAUGUACAUUGAACAUUUCAUUAAAUCUAUUUCUUCUAGUCAGCCCAUUCUUUUAAUACUAGACGAACACAAAAGCUAUGUAAAUUAUAUGAGUGUCAACUUUUGUUAUAAAAAUGGAAUUCUGCUAUAUGCACUCCCAUCUCAUACUACUCAUAUUCUCCAACCAUCCGAACUUCCUUUUGCUACACUCAAAUCCGAAUAUUCUAAAAAAUGUGACAAAUUUCAUAAUGAUACUGGCAAGCUGCUGACUAAGCAUACAUUUGCACAAAUGCUUGGUCUAACAUUCAUUAAGACUUACACUCUUUUAGCAAUUAUUAAUGCUUAUAGAGCUACAGGGACUUGGCCUCUUAACCCUAAUGCCAUAAGCCCAGAUCAUCUUGAUCCAUCUCUUUUAACUGAAUGA